AUGAAUUACGGUCUCUGGAGGUCAACAAUACCGCCAACACGGGUUUCAAAGGUAGCAGCAGCAGCAACAACAACAACAACAACAACAACAACAAUAGCAUUGUCAAGAACCUUAAUACCCAGGCGCUUCUACGCCAUCCAAGCUGCAACACCGCCCGUCCACCAAGUCUUCAACCGUCACACAAAAUGGCUACAAAAGGAGCGCGCAGCCGCCAACGUCGAGAACAGUCGAGUGGCCGACUAUCUGAAAGAUGAAGUAGCCAUCCGAUUGUGCGACAGAUUACUGGACAUCAAACGCAGCUAUCCCUCGGUCCUCGACCUCGGCGCAAACUCCUGCAACAUCGCGCGGGCCUUAACACGGCCCAACCCGGACCCCAACCCCGAAGCGCCCGUAACCGAGCCCCUUGCCUCCCGCAUCGGGCACUUGCUUGCCGUAGACUCGUCGGAGACCUUGCUGUACCGGGAUGCUAACCAGUCCUUCAACUCGGAAAUCAACAUGACGCGGCAAGUCCUGCCUGACGAGGAGACGCUACCUUUCGAGGCCAACACUUUUGACUUAGUGCUGAGUUCGUUAAGUAUGCAUUGGAUCAACGACCUGCCAGGCGUCCUAGCGCAAAUCAACAAUAUCCUAAAGCCAGACUGUGCCUUUGUAGGCGCCAUGUUUGGUGGCGAUACCCUCUUUGAACUGCGCACGUCGUUACAGCUAGCCGAACAGGAGCGCCGCGGCGGUAUCUCACCCCAUGUCUCGCCCCUAGCCGACGUGCGUGAUGUGGGUGGUCUAUUACAACGCGCUGGUUUUAAGAUGCUGACUGUCGACGUUGAUGACAUCAUCGUCGAUUACCCGGAUACGUUUGCGCUCAUGCAGGAUAUCCAGGCCAUGGGUGAGAACAAUGCCGUCCUCGGCCGCGAGAUGGGUGGUAUCCAGCGGGAUGUGCUCCUAGCCAACGACGCUAUCUACCGAGAGCUUCAUGGCAAUGAGGACGGAUCAAUACCAGCUACUUUCCGAAUGAUUUAUAUGAUUGGAUGGAAAGAAUCAAAGGACCAACGUCAGCCAUUACCACGAGGUAGUGGAGAGAUUAGUUUAAAGGAUGUUUUUGAGAAGAAAUAAAUAUUAUCUGAACUCGUA